AUCUUCGAAAUAUAUUUCUUUUGUCUAAAUUAAAAAAAAAAAAAAAAUGUAAUUAUAUCUCACACAUAUAGAAUAAUAGAUUUAAAAAUAAAUUUCUUUACCUUAAACAUAAUUCUUGCCAAAUAUUACACAUAUUUUAUUCGUUUCAUUGGAUAGAACUAUUAGCCAUAUAUAUAUAUUCAUCAGGACGUUUAUAAAUGUUAGGGAAAAAAAAACUUCCAAUCUCUUUUCAUGACAUUUAAUAUGUUUGAUACUUUAAGUAUUAAGCUAUAUUACAUUUUUUGUAAAGGUGUUAUACCAAGCAAUUUCAUCCCUUGUGCAAGGACAUUUCUUGCCACGUGGAACAUGAGUAAUCUUUGAUCGCUAAUGUCUGCUGUUUCACCUUUAACUUUCAAUAUUUUUAAAGCUUUGUUGAUAGUGUGGCUGAAUAAAAUAAAUAUUUAUAAAUACAUUGUUACGAAGCAUUAUUAUAAUUAUUAUGUUGUAUGGACUAACCUCAAUCGAAAAAGAUAUGUAACUAAAAUGCUUGGUUCUAAAUCUUGAUAAGAUCUUAAAACAGUAUUUUCAAAGUUACUAAUUAUACAUAUCAAGUCGUCGACUAUUGGCUCUUUCAAAACUGAUGGAUAACAUUCAGUUGGAAGAGUAGCACCAGAAUUUUUUUCUAAAUUAAAAAGACGACAAUGUACAUAUUGCAGGCUUGUACCAGUAUCUCCUUCUAUCUGAUAUUAAAACAUAAAUAUAUUCUUAUAAAUUAUUACAAAAUCGCAUUCAUGAGAUUAAAAAUUAUAUAUAUAUAAAAAAAAAAAAAAAAAAAAAAGUAAUAAAAAAGAAAUAAAAAUCUCACGUCGAAUGCUGCAUUCCAAUCGAAUUUAUAAUCUCGCUCUCUCCUUCGUCUCAAAUCAUUAAUUAUCACAGAAGAAAUUCCUAAUAUGUCGGAACUAUUAUCAGAAAUGUCCAAAGAAACCUUAGUUGCUAAAAUAUAUAAAUGGGAUUUUAUAAUAUUCUUUUAAAUAAUGAAGCUCUUUAUUUAAUAUAAUAAAUAAUAUAAGAAUAACUUACUGGGAGAUUGAAUUUGUUUUUCUCUCAUAACAUCUCUUAUUUCAUUUAAAAUAUCUUCUAAAAAUAUAGCUGUACCUUUUCUAGUACUCAUACCAAGUAUUCGUCCAUAUCUUAUAUGAUUUAAUCUCUCUGCCCAAGACAUGUUCAUUUUAUGUAAUAUUUCUAUUAGACUUGUAAAAUGUUUACUUUGCGUUUGAUCAACUACAUAAUACAUCAAAUCAAAUUUAUACUUUUUAUACCUGUCAAUAGCUGCUCCCACAUCUCUCGUUAAAUAGAGUGAUGUUCCAUCACUUUUAAUAAUAGGUAUGACUUUUUCUGAAUUUAAAUGUAUCACUCUUCUAUUUUCUUCAUCAUAUGACAAUAAAUUCAUAUUUUCCAUUAAUGAAAUUAUUUCCUUUAUAUUAACCGAUCUGUACAUAGAUUCCCAAUGAUAUUCAUCAAAAUUAAUACCUAUUCUAUCAUAAGUUUUUUUUAAUUCCUCUGUUGUAUAUUUUCUAAAUAGCUCCCAUUCUUGACACGCAAUACUUUCUCCAGUUUCUAAUUGUCUAAAGAUUUCUCUAGCCUUAUUUCCAAUACUGGAAUCAUUUUCCAUUGAUUUAUUGGCAAGUACGUAAGCAUUAUACAAACUUUUAAUAGCGUCAUUUUGAAUUUUCUUACUGUCAAGAUUAGACAUAUCAAUGCCUAUCUGAAUGAGGCCAUAUUGAGUACCCCAAUCACCCAAAUAAUUUAUCCUUCUGACAUUAUUUCCCAAAUAACUAUUUAUAUUGGCCACAUAAUUUCCUAUAAUUGUCGAACGUAAAUGUCCUAAAUGAAAUGGUUUUGCAAUAUUUGGUGAACUAAAUUCGACUAUUAUAUUUUUAUUGUUAUUGAUAAGUAUAUGAGGUACAAUUUUAUGACAGUUUCUUUCAAGGAAUUGCUUAAUGUAAUCUUCUCUAAAUACAUUAAAAGAUAAUGCGUUCUCUUCAACAGUAAUAUCAUUUAAAUCUGAUUUUAUGUCAGAGUUUAAUAUAGUUUUUAUGUUAUUUCUUAAAUCAUACUGUUUCGUUUGUAAAGGAAGUAUAAAAGAAAAUACUCCCGAUUGUCUUGGCUUCAUCUUUAAAUAAGAAAUUAUAUUAGUUGCAUCCUCUACAUUUUCUGUAAAUUUUGUAAUCUAAAAAUUAAUACAAUUUUAUAAAUAUUUUUUUUAUUCUUCCGAAAGUCGGUAUCCUAACGUUUGAAUGUUUGUAACACUUAUACAAAAUACCUUCUUGUACAAUACAUGUCUUACGUUAGUACUCAUUAUAAUGCGAUUGUUAAUUAAUAUUUGUUUGUAUAUAUAAAAACACUUUUAUUUAUAUAAAUACAAAUGUUAAUUCAGGCUAGGUUUUUGUAUACUACGUUUAGUUACAGUAUACGAUUCAUCUUUUGGUAGAUGGCGUUGGCGUCGCGUGAUACGAGCCAAUCAUAUAAAAGCAUUUUUAUGUUUCUUAAAUUCAACCAAUCAGAAUUAAGAUUAUACAUACGCGGCAAAUACCAGCUCUUAUGAAAUUUCGAUAUUGGUAGUGUUGCAUCGUUACAGUUUGUUUAUGUUUCAGAUGUCUUCCAUUUUCGUCGAUACAUGUUCUUCUUUUACAAAUUUCAAAGCAAAGACAUGAUUUUGUGAUAUGGCCGAGUUGCAUAUUAUCGGUCAAAUUGCUUUAGCGAAAAAUUUCAAAGAAUCUCAGCUUUUCUGUAAAUGGAGUUUUCAUGCUGGAAAUGGUUGGAAAAUUAUAGAAGGAAGUGAAGAAGGACAAACCCAAGAAAGUUGUGAUGUAUAUACCAAUGAACCAAUUUGGGAUCAUCCUGUCGAUAUACAUUAUACCACGCAAACAUUACAUAAUUCUCCAAAAUUACUUCUACAAAUAUUUUCUAGAGAUAAUUAUGGUAGAAUAUUAUUCAAUUCUUACGGUGUUUGUAAUAUACCCUUAUCUCCUGGAUCUCAUUGUUUGAAUUGCCAUACAUGGAAACCAAUUGGUGAUUGGAAAGAUAGACUCAGAGAUAAAUUUUUAGGAGUGGUUUUACAAUUGAAAUCUCCAAACGUUUUAGUUAACACGAUAGAUAGAUUUGAGUUACUUACGGAAAGUAUGGGUACUGUACAAAUCGAUCUGCAUAUACUUGUCAGAAAUUUUGACAAAUUUGGAUGUCAUUUAUGAAGACAUAUUAAAUAUUGCAGAGAUAUAGCUAUAUGAUCUCAUCAGAUAUAUAAGAACUUUUAUAACUAAAA